AUGACUUUGUUUGUGCAGCCAUGUGAUGCAGGCAUCAUCCGCUGCUUCAAGGCUGGAUAUAGGAAGACUUACUGCACAAAAGAACUUGACCUUGAUGAAGCUGGCGAGAGGGACAUUUAUUCAAUCAAUUUACUUGCAGGUAUUUUGAUGGCAAAGGCUGCUUGGGAAGCAGUUACAUCGACUACUAUCCAUCACUGCUGGGAUUACAGUCAAAUUCAACCAAAUCCCUCCAUUCCAACAACUAUCCCAUACAAUAAUGUACAAGCACACGCAAAUCCUAUUGCGUGGGGUGUUAUGCGAGAAUUUGCAGCCUUAUCUGGGCGAUAUACAGAUAGAGACUGGAGGCCAGCAUUGAACAAUGUUAUGGAUGCUGAAGGUGACACAGAAGCUGUGAUUGCCGCAGUUCAAAGUCUUGCAAAUGCAGCUGCCAGUCAAACAGGCCUCAAGAUACAAAUACCUGCACUUCCAAAACUGCUGCUGCAGCUCAGUAAUAUUAAAGAUCAGCUAGAAAAUGCAAUUGGGGAACUCAAAUCUUGA